UUCUCCAUAACAGCAGAUGGCGGUAUUGGUUGUAAGUGUCAGUGCUACACGCAGUAGAACUGAGGGCGGAUUUUGUGUAUGUGGUUCUUUAUAAAUGUAUUUUUAUUACCUGACUGAGGACACGUGCAAAGAAUAUGGCAGAUGACGCUUUGUUUGAAUUCCUCCAUAUGGAGAUUGUCGCUCACAUUUACAAGGAGCAGGCGACGCGGGAGGACAUUGAUAAGGAGAGAGUGACGUGUGUCUCCACUCUAGAGGCGAUGGGCUUCAGAGUUGGACAAGGACUGAUUGAAAGAUUUACAAAAGACUGCCCUACUUUCAAAGAUGACUUGGACAUAAUGAAGUUCCUGUGUAAGGAUUUCUGGAGCACGAUUUUCAAAAAACAAAUUGACAAUUUGAGGACCAACCAUCAGGGCACAUACGUCUUACAAGAUAAUAAAUUUGCCCUCCUAACUCAGUUUUCCAGUGGAAAGCAAUACCUCGAAGAAGCACCUAAAUACUUGGCCUUUUCCUGUGGGUUGAUUCGAGGAGGUCUGUCUAACCUGGGCUUGGAGAGCGUCGUCACAGCGGAGGUUUCUUUAAUGCCAUCAUGCAAAUUUCAAGUUGUGAUCCAGAAACUCUAGGACGGACUAAAUGAGAGCUCAAUGAGUUUCUUCAAUUAAAACUUUGCGAAUGUGAAUGACAUGGACCUAGAUUGUAAAUGUUUACAACAUUGUAUUUUCUAUAACGCUGUUUGCAGUUUCAAGCAUUUUAGCGAAAAAGAUCCCAUACGUUUCACUUGUUUAAAUUUUUUUUUUCCAUACCACAUAAAUUCAAAAUCCUGUUUGGAAAUGUUCUGAAUGUCGUAUUCUACCUCAGCUCCGCUUAUUACAGAUUGAAUUGCUGUCACAGAUAAUUAUGGAAGCAUAUUUUCAUAAAUAUGACAUUUGGUAACUUUUUAAUAUUUCAUGAACUCAUUUCUUACAUGAACUUCUUGUCCACUUUUUUCCUUUGUCUGGAUAUGACGUUUAAAAUGUUAAAAUGACAUUUUUUUUCUACAGCAUUAUUGUAAAAGUAAAUAAUGUAAAUUUGGGACGGUUAAUAGCUGUAGUUUUUUUUCAACCCAAUUAACUAAAGCCAUAUCUGAAACCUAAUUUAUUGUUUGGAAACACACACACACACACACACACACAAAUAAAAUAAAAUAUUGAUAAUAUGGAGAAAAUGAAUGGAUUCUGGAAGAACAGCUUUUAUUGUUGUUGUUGUUGUUUAAAAAUAUGUUUAUGGUUUGGGUAAACUGGUUAAAUAGAGGCUUGUGUUUUAACUAGUCAAGUUGUUGAGUUCACCAGAAGAGGGCAACCUUUGUCAGUCAGAAACAUGUCAUCUUGAGUAAAAGCUCAUAAUUAUAUUUGAUCAUAAAACUUUAAAUUGAAUGAUCUUGUAAAAGCGUCUUGCACUUAAGGUAGUCUGAAAGUUUUUUUUUUUUUUUUACGGCUGGUACUUUAGUUUAUUAAGGUGGAGGUUUUCUGUGAACUGUGUGCUUGUUUGUUGUAUGAUUAUGGAGGGAUUUAUCAUUAUUCAAUAAAUGAAGGAUAAAGAAAAACCUGUCAUUUAUUUAAGUUACCAAUGCAAUAAAUGCAAUAUAAUAAUGA